AUGCGUCCACUGCUAUCCUUGCUGCUGCACCUGCUGUCCCUCGCGCCCCCCUCACUCGCCACCGCCUUCUGCCAAGCCCAGGCGUCCGCCCUACUGCCCAUCCUCACGUCCCUCCUCUCAGCAGGCCUCCACCAACACCAUGGCGGGUGUCCGUGUGUCCCAGGGAGCAGGGAGCUGCACGCACACUGUGCUGUGCUCUUCUCACACUCCUCCGCCGCUGCCCUUUCCCCUAACUGCUCUCCCCCCCCCUCCCUCCUGUCUCUUCCCCUGUACCAUAUUCCCGUGCACCUACUUUUCAUCCCGCGCACCCAUCAGAGCAUGGCUGCCGUGUGUCCCAGGGCGAUGCAUGCGCAGUGGGCUGUGCUCUUCCCACACUCCUCCUCUGCUGCCCCCAGGUCCUCCUCCGCAUCCCUGCUUGCGCCUCUGCUCGCCGACCCAUCCCCCAAGGUGCGAGUGGCAGCAGCACAGGCCCUCGCCUCACUCCUCGACUCGCCUCUCACUCUCACCUUCCUGCAUCGCACUGCUGCCUCCGCGCCCACCCCUGCUGCUGCCUCUGCUGCUGCUGGAGGGCCUCGCACCCCAGGCAAGAGAGCACCAGCGCGAGGGUCAGGAGGGGUGGAGAGUGGUGCUGGGGGAACAGCAUGUGGGGGGGAUGGUGCGGCUGGUCCUGCUGGGGAUGAUGAUGGUCCAUGGCAACAGUGCCACAGCAGGAGCACGAUCCGUGGGCUGGGCCCUGUCGCUUCCCUUGCAAUGCUCACCGUAACACGUGUGCUCCUGUCCGUGCACCAAUCAACCCCCAUCCCCAUCUGUCCCGCCCCGCGUGCAGCCGUGGCAGCAGUUCUACAGCAGGAGCAGGACCCGUGGACCCUGUCGCUCGCCCGUCACAGGUACACGAUCCACAUGUGUUCACUCAUGUGCGUGUGUGUGCAACCCCCUUCCCUCCCCCCCCUGCGUGCAGCCGUGGCAGCAGUGCUACAGCAGGAGCAGGACCCGUGGACGCUAUCCCUCGCCUGCAAGCUGGCGUCGCUGCUGGCGCAAUGCACACCGUACCAUCGUCUUCGCUCCGCCCCUCGUUUGAGUCACAUCCUGCCCUCUGCUCUAGUCACGCGGAUCUCCACUCUCCUCUCGCCAGGCCCUCUUUCCUCCUCCUCCUGGUCCACCAGCAUGUCUUAUAGCGAGGAUGGCAUCUCCACUGCUUCUGCAGCCACAGCAGCAGCAGCAACAGCCUUCCUGGGCCACGUCCUCUUGCGCUCCACACUCCCUCCCCCACAACCAGCCACCACAGCUACUAGCACCACACCAUCAACCAUCACAUUCACCUGCCUGCUCUCGUGGGUGCAGCCCUGCAUUCCCACUGCUGUGCGCGUCGAAGCCCUUCAGGCGCUAGCAGCAUGGGUGUCCACGUUCCCUGCAUCUGCUGCCGAAUCGCUCUGGCCCGACCUCCUUGCCCUCAUCACUGCCACACUCAACCCUCCUGCCAAGCCUGACACUGCCAGCUCAGCGACACACACCGCUGUGCCAGAUCAGCCUGCUAGUGCACACCCUGACAGCAGCUGCUCGCUGCAAGCUGAAUCCGCUCUCACUGACCGCCUCCUAACUGCAGCACUCAAGCCGGAGUUGGCCCUUGUCUCCCCACCUGCCUGUGCUAACACAGUGCGUGCCGCUGCUACAGCCGCCACAGCUGCCACGAGUGCUACAGCUGCAACAGUCUGUGCCCCUGACUUAGCAGGUUCUGCUACAGCCUGCCUUCCUGCUACAGAUGCACCCACAGCCUACAACCCUGCCACAUCACCCUGCGCUACAGCCUGCGCCUCUGCAGCUUUGCUUGCUGUACCUACUGCCUCUGCUGCGAUCAGUAGUGGGCUAUCUUCAUCCAGUCAACUACUGCCACGUGUCCCUCCUCCUGGCGCCUCACAGUGGGCUGAAGUACUCCGCCUUGGGCUGCUGCCGCCCCUCCUUCGACACCCCUCUCCCGCGACCCGCAUGGCAGCGCUCACAUGCUUCCUGCACAUGCCAGCGCCCACCCUGCAGUACCUCUCCCACAUGCAUGAUGUCAUCUUCCAGCCAAUGUUCGCCCUGGCAGCAGGAGAGUCGGUGCCAGCAGUGCAAGCAGCACUGAUGAAGGUCUUUGGAAUCAUAGUGCCGCACCUCAUGCCCGCACAGUCCGCUCUACUGCAAUGUGGUCUCUUGCCAACAUCUCAGAGCGUCUACCGCCCAUGCACUGUAGCAGCACGCACUGUAGCAGCACGCACUGUAGCAGCACGCACUGCAGCAGUAUGCAGUGUAGCAGCAUGCACUGUAGCACUGAUCACUGUAGCAGGGAAUGUUCUAGCAGCGUGGUGGGCACCCUGGCGCACAUUGGUGGGAAAUCAAGUGCCGCCUGCGGAAGCUGAGGCAGGAGGAGGGCAGGUGAGGCGCCUCCAGAGUAACUGCCGGUGCUGCGGUGAAAGUCAGCUGGCAGUGGGGGGCGAAGCAGCGGAGGCGUGUAAGGUGGACGGGAGAUGUGGUGGCAGCAGGUCAAAGAGUAGUGACUGUAACGAGGGAGAUGAGCAAGAGCAGACGCAGCACUGGCCCGUAGAUAGCUGUGGCAGCAGCACAGCUGAUGCUGGCUUGACUCAGAUCGUGAGGCUUGCAUCAGAAGAAGCAGCAGCAGGGGCUGCUCCUGCAGAGGGAGAUGCAGAAGCAGGGGGCGUUGACAUGCAUAGGAGGAGGAGGGAAGCCGACAAACAGGAGGCAAUCGCAGGGAAGGAGUUGCAGGAGGAGAGGGGGAGCGGUGGUGGAGUGGCGGGGGUGUGGCAAGAGCGAGUGGUGGAAGCCAUUCUGUCAUGCGCCUUGCAGACCAACCCCAAGGCGAGUGUGCAGUGGAGUGUGUGUGCAGCCCUCUCCCUACUCCUCCAGAACCCUUCCGUGCACCUCCCUUCCUCUCCCUGGACCUCCCCCGCUCUCGCCACGCUGCAGGCUCUCUUGCAGCGCUCCUCCAACUUCAAGAUUCGCAUCCACGCCGCUGCUGCCCUUUCAGCUCUCUUGCAGCGCUCCUCCAACUUCAAGAUUCGCAUCCAUGCUGCUGCUGCACUACUCCAGCCAUGCGCCAGGGCAGGUGAUAUCUGGGGCAGUCCUACGGUCCCCAUCCACUCUUCCCCAUCCAUCUCUACUUUCUUUCUGCACCCACUCCCUUCCUUCACUUCCCCUUCUCACUCCCUCCAACGGCAGACUAUGUUCCGGAAAAUGGAGCUAGUCUGCUGCCUGAUUGCACCCAUCCUCCCCACCCCGUCCCUUUUUCCGCUUCCCCUCGUUUUUCCCCACCCGGCGCUGCUCUCACUCCCUCGAACGUCAGACUAUGGGGCAGAAUUCGGUGCUAUCCUGCGCGCCCUGGUCUCGUCGCUCGCCUCUCUUGAUGCGGCGGAUCAACAGCAGAGUGCGGUGGAGCAGCGGUACAAGCCGGUGCUGACGGAUCAGAUAUCAGCAACACUUCUUCACAUGACCUCACUAUCCUCCCUUGAAGACCUUCGUGCCGCCCGCCCGUUCUUGCAGCAGGUAUGA